AUGCCUGAACCAAUCAGCGAUAGUGAGGAUUGCGAGGAUAAUGAUCCUGUCGGACUGAUCGAGCACGAGUUUGUAAUAGCGAGUCAGCUUCCUUAUCCUUCUAUAGUGCUAAGUGCGCGGAAGCGACAGAGAAGUGAGCUAGUCGACAGCGAAGAUGAGAGCAGUCCUCAUCUCCCUCUUUAUGGAGAUGAGAGUGGCACUUAA